ACUCUCCAGAGCAAGGUGCCAAAACAUCUGCUCAUACAGAGGUGUUCCUUGCGCCUUUAAAUAUCAGUGCCUGACCUGUUGGAGUCAAACAGAGAUCUAAAGGACUUCGCUUCACCAGAACAGAACAGGGUACACACAUUCAGCCAAGCCAAUGGAGGACCAAGAGGAAGCCAUUCCCUACGCUGGAUUCGGGCCGCUCUUCAUCAGCGAAGAGAAGGAGGCCACAGAUAAGACCAAGGUGGAGCAGAGUGAUUGCAACCAGAACCCCAGAGGAUGCAGCUUCACAGGAAAGCAGCUUAAACAAGCAGCUCUGUCAAAGCCAUACCUGCAGGAGAUGGACGUCUUGCUGAAAAGCUGUGAAAAGCUUACGGGUAUUCCUUUUAGAUCUCGCCACAUUGAGAGUUAUUCCGAAGCGAGCCUGAGUAAGUCCAGCUGCGUUCGACGCAAAGAGGAGGUCAGAACAGAAACCUACGGAGAACCAUGCAGCCCUCCCCAGGCCAGUUGUUCCUCCUGCUACAUCGACACGAAAAUGGGCGGCACCGAAGCGGACAAUGAACUGGCAACAGGCCAAAGCGUAGGCACAGUCAUCCACGGGCCUGGAACUUCUUACCACUCAGAGAUGCCUGUAUCCUCAGCUGGCAACCACCUGAGUGCCAGCAUGUUGGAGUACGAGGGCCAGCUGUUGGGGAUGCUGGCCAUGCUCGAGAGCUGCAUGGAAGAGUCCGGCAUGGACUUUGAGCCGCAGGGCCAGGCAGCAGACGCGGGCCAAGAAUAUGUGCACAUCAGUCACCAUCACAGGGGUACGACGCUGACAGUGGAUCAGCCGGAGGACCCAGCACCGUUGCCAAUGCACAUUGAUCCUUGCCUCAAAAGAGACGAAGUUGGAGACACGAUAGACUUGACCUGCAAGUGCCUCCGGGUCAAGCAAAACAGGAUCCAACGUUCUGUGAGGGGAUAA